UUUGUAGUGCUUUUUUGUGUGCAGAUUCAGUAUUUAUGGGUUUAAAGAGAUAUUCAAAUAUAAAGGUCAAAGAAGGAAGAGAAGUUGUUUUUUUGGAAAGUAUAGGAUAUCCCGGUGGCUCAUUUAAAGAUAAAGUUCGAUCAUAUUGUAAUGCUUUUUUAAACUCGCAUGGUGGUAUUCUUUACUUUGGCUGUGGCUCAGAUGGAUGUAUAUAUGGUGGAAAUAUCACUCGUAAAAUGGAAGAUGAUUAUAGACUUGCUUUUGAUAGUGUUGUAAGGAACUUUGUUCCUUUUGUGCCAGUAGAUAAGUAUCGAUUAUCAUUUUUGUUUAUUGACAACGAAAAAGAUUUGGCUAUAAUUGAAAUAAAAGUAUCAAUUGGGGAUGUGGGUGAGAUCUAUGAAGAUGGAUUAUGUAAUGUAUAUAUUAUUGACUGUGGCAGUUUGGUUGGACCAUUGUAUCCUCAAGAACUUAGAGAAUUGAUUCUUUUAAAGUAUAAAGAGUCUGUUGAAGGAGCAGAAGAAGCAAAGAAGUUUUUUACGCCUAAUAUCAUACAAGCAAGAGAAAAAGUUAAACUGACUUCACAAAAAAGAAAACUCGAACCAAUUGUUGAAGAGAGUACAGCAAAAGUUCCUCCUAUCAAUAUUGUUAAAAUAAAUCGAGGUUUGAGCAAGCAAAUCAUUGAUCUCACUCAAUCAUCUAAAAGUAUCUUAUCUGAUAAACAACAUUCAUCCCAAAUUGUUACUAAUGACUCCAACAAAACUGAGUUGAUUGUUUCGACGGUGUCUAUUUCACCUAUUACAACCAUUAAUCAGCCAAAUAAAUCAGAUGUUUCACUGGUUUCUACUCACUCAAUUAACUCAUCUGUUGCCCUGGUUACUACCCAAUCUAUGAAAGUAUCUGUUUCACCAGUUACAAGCCAACCUAUGAGACCAUUAAUGUCACUGUCUACUAUUCAACCAAUGAGAUCAUCUAUUUCAAUGCCAACUAUCCAAUCAAUGAGAUCCUCUGUUUCACUGUUUUCCAACCCAAUUUCACAAUUUGUAAAUUCUAAGAUUGUUGGGGGCCUCGAUAAGGAAAUCAUUGAUCUUACUUCUCAAGCCAUUGCUCGAAAUUCCGAAUUAACUGCUUCGCAGUUACCAAUUACGCCAAACAAAAAAAUGAAAUCAGCUGUUUCACAGGCUACUAACCAACCAAUAAAAAUACCUGUUUCGCUGGUUACCAGUCAAACAAUUAAAUCAUCAAGUUCAUUGCCUAAUAUCCAGUCGAUGAAAGCGUCUGUUUCAUUGCUUUCUAACCCGAUUUCACGUUUUGUGAAUUCUAAGGUUGUUGCUAGGAGACCUAUUUCUUAUUUUGAGGAUUUUUUUUAAAAGUUGAUGAGAUACUUAUCAACAUUAAUUGUGUUUUAUUCCGCUACUUAUACAUUUUUUUUUUAGUUGUAAAAAGUUGUAAAUAUAUUUUCUUUGGUUUUUUUUUUAA